ACUCACAGAGGGCCUUUUUCUAAUUUGAUCCUUGGAUGAGGGUGUAGCGUCUUCCUUUAGAUCCUUUUCUUGGAUUAUGAUCGUAGCUAGUGUUAAACUACUGCAUGCUGCCUGGUCAUCACCAGGAUUUGGUCAUCCACAUAAACACGAUGCUGUUGUGAGUUCACAUUUCUAUUUAGGGAAACGUGUCAGCUAGAAAUACCUCCACCUUACUUCCUGGGCGCAUGCGUACUGAGCCAGUUGCCAAAAUAGUGCCUUGAGUAAGUGACAGCUUUAAAAACCAUCCAACUGCUAACUUCAAACCAGAAGGUCAGCAAAGGAAAGUGGAAGUUGGAUUCUGAGCGAUCAAGGUGGCCACAGGGAUUUAACAGUGGUUGGCAUUUUGGAGACUUCAUCAACUAGCCUGGGGGUUCUUCUUGGAUUUCUUGACUGUUGCCUGUCUUUGUCUUCUCUCUUCUGACUUCAAGAUGAAUGUGCAAGCUUGCUCUAGGUGUGGAUAUGGGGUUUAUCCCGCUGAGAAGAUCAGCUGUAUAGAUCAGAUAUGGCAUAAAGCAUGUUUUCACUGUGAAGUCUGCAAGAUGAUGCUAUCGGUUAAUAACUUCGUGAGUCACCAGAAAAAGCCAUAUUGUCAUGCCCAUAACCCCAAGAACAACACUUUCACAAGUGUCUAUCACACUCCCUUAAAUCUAAAUAUGAAGAAGGCUCCAGAGGCCAUCAGUGGGAUGGAUGAGCAAGAUGGUGAACGCUUUAAAUCAUUUUUUCACUGGGACAUGAAAUCCAAGGAUGGAGCAGCUGCACCUAACAGGCAGCCACUGGUGAACGAGAGACCUUAUUGGACUGGAUAUGGGGAAGUGAAUACUUGGUGCCCUGGAGCUCUGCCAGACCCUGAAAUUGUAAGGAUUGUUGAGGCACGGAAGUCUCUUGGUGAGGAAUAUACAGAAGACUAUGAGCAGCAGAGGGGCAAGGGGAGCUUUCCAGCCAUGAUCACUCCUGCUUAUCAAAGGGCCAAGAAAGCCAACCAGCUGGCCAGCCAAGUGGAAUACAAGAGAGGGCAUGAUGAGCGCAUCUCCAGGUUCGCCACGGUGGCAGAUACCCCUGAGCUGCUACGGGCCAAGGCAGGGACACAGCUUCAGAGUGACGUGAGAUAUUCAGAGGAGUAUGAACGGCAGAGAGGGAAAGGCAGUUUUCCUGCUAUGAUCACACCUGCCUAUCAGAUAGCCAAAAGGGCCAAUGAGCUGGCAAGUGAUGUGAGGUACCAUCAACAAUAUCAAAAAGAAAUGAAGGGAAUGGCCGGUCCUGCUGCUGGAGCUGAGGGCAUGUUUUCAAAGGAAUAUGUAGACCGGUGUGGCCAGGGUUACUUGGGAGAGUAUGAAGAACACAGGGGAAAGGGCAGCUUCCCGGCCAUGAUUACCCCAGCUUAUCAGAACGCCAAGAAAGCCAACGAGCUUGUGAGUGAUAUAAAGUACAGGCAGGACUUCAACAAGAUGAAAGGCGCUGCGUAUUACCACUCCCUUCCAGCCCGGGACAACUUGGUUCUUCAGCGUGCUCAGAGUGUGAACAAGCUUGCGAGCGAGGUAGAGUAUAAGAAGGAUCUGGAAGGUAGUAAAGGCCACAGCAUCAACUACUGUGAAACGCCUCAAUUCAGGAACGUGAGCAAGAUCUCAAAAUUCACCAGUGAUAAUAAAUACAAAGAAAACUACCAGAACCACAUGAGAGGCCACUACGAAGGCGUUGGUAUGGACAGACGGACUCUCCAUGCUAUGAAAGUUGGAAGUCUGGCAAGCAAUAUUGCCUACAAGGCUGAUUAUAAACAUGACGUUGUUGACUACAACUACCCAGCCACUCUUACUCCUUCCUAUCAAACCACUGUGAAACUGGUUCCCUUGAAAGAUGUCAACUACAGGCAAAGCAUCGACAAGUUGAAGUACAGCUCUGUGACCAACACUCCUCAGAUUGUUCAGGCCAAAAUCAAUGCCCAGCAGCUGAGUGAUGUAAAUUACCGCGCUGACUAUGAGAAAAAUAAGCUGAAUUACACACUGCCGCAGGAUGUACCUCAGCUGGUGAAGGCCAGAAACAAUGCCGAACUAUUUAGUGAGGUGAAGUACAAAGAAGGCUGGGAGAAGACAAAGGGGAAAGGCUUUGAGAUGAAGCUGGAUGCUAUGUCUCUGCUGGCCGCCAAAGCCUCCGGGGAGCUUGCUAGCAAUAUUAAAUACAAAGAAGAAUACGAAAAAACAAAAGGCAGAGCCAUGGGAACUGCAGACGCCAGGCUUCUGCACUCCCUACAGGUUGCCAAGAUGAGCAGUGAGGUUGAAUACAAGAAAGGCUUUGAAGAGAGUAAGACCCACUUUCACCUGCCCAUGGAUAUGGUGAACAUCAGGCAUGCUAAGAAGGCCCAGGCUCUAGCCAGUGACCUGGAUUACAGGAAGAAACUGCCCAAGUUCACAGUGUUGCCUGAAGACAUGAAGACUACCUGGGCCAAGAAAGCCUAUGGGCUCCAGAGUGAGCUGCAGUACAAGGCCGACCUGGCAUGGAUGAAGGGAGUCGGAUGGCUGACCGAGGGGAGUCUCAAUUUGGAACAAGCCAAGAAGGCUGGACAGCUGGUCAGCGAGAAAAGCUACAGGCAGAGAGUCGAUGAGCUGAAAUUCACCAGUGUGGCCAACAGCUCCCAGAUGGAGCAUGCCAAGAAGAGCCAGGAGCUGCAGAGCGAGGUGGCAUACAAGGCAGGAAAUGCGCAGUCUGUCCAUCAGUACACCAUCAGCAAGGAUGAACCUCUCUUCCUGCAGGCCCGAGCGAAUGCUACAAACCUCAGUGAGAAACUGUACAAGAGCAGCUGGGAAAACCAGAAGGCGAAAGGGUUUGAGCUGCGUCUUGACUCCUUGACCUUCCUGACAGCCAAAGCCAAGAGGGACCUGGCAAGUGAGGUGAAGUACAAGGAGGAUUACGAGAGGUCCCGGGGGAAGCUUAUCGGAGCAAAGGAUGCACGGGGGGAUUCACAAAUGAGCCACUCACUGCACAUGUCCAAGCUGCAGAGUGAACUGGAGUACAAGAAGGGAUUCGAGGACACCAGGUCCCAGUGCCAUGUCUCCCUGGACAUGGUCCACCUCGUGCAUGCCCGCAAGGCUCAGCAUUUAGCCACAGACAUAGGCUACAAGACGGCGUCCCAUCAAUUCACUGCUUUGCCCACAGACAUGAAGGUGGAAUGGGCCAAGAAGGCUUACAGUUUACAGAGUGAUAACCAAUACAGAGCAGAUGUGAAGUGGAUGAAAGGCGCGGGCUGGGUCGCCACCGGGUCAUUAAAUGUGGAGCAGGCAAAGAAGGCAGGAGAGCUCGUUAGCGAGAGGAAGUACCGUCAGCAUCCUGAUGCUUUGAAGUUUACCAGUAUUAAAGACACUCCAGAGAUGGUCCAGGCCCGAAUUAGUUAUACCCAAGCCGUGGAUAGGUUAUACAAGGAGCAAGGAGAAAACAUAAAACAUCAUUACACGCAGACGGCAGACCUCCCUGAAGUCUUGCUGGCCAAGAUGAACGCCAUGAAUCUCAGUGAGACACGUUAUAAGGAAUCCUGGAGCAAACUUCGAGACGGCGGGUAUAAACUGAGGUUGGACGCCAUUCCAUUCCAGGCAGCAAAGGCUUCUGCUGAAAUCAUAAGUGAUUAUAAAUACAAAGAGGCAUUUGAGAAAAUGAAAGGACAGAUGCUUGGCUCCCGGAGCUUGGAAGAUGAUAUCAGCCUUGCACACUCCGUGUAUGCGACCUCACUACAGAGCGAUGUGAAUUACAAGAAAGGCUUUGAACACUCAAAGGCCCAGUUCCAUCUGCCAUUGGACAUGGUAACCCUGGUGCAUGCCAAGAAGGCUCAGACCCUGGCCAGUGACCAGGACUACAGACAUCCACUCCCCCAGUACACUUCCUUGGCGGAAGACCUGAGGCUGAGCUGUGUCAAGAAAGCUCACAAAUUGCAGAGUGAGAAUUUGUAUCGCUCAGACCUGAACUUCAUGCGGGGCGUCGCCUGUGUCAUUCCAGGAACGUUGGAGAUAGAAGGGAAGAAGAAAGCGUCUGAGCUCAUCAGUGAGAGUAAAUACCGUCAGCAGCCCCAGUCAUUCAAGUACACAGCUGUGACCGACUCGCCCAGCCUCCUUCACGCGAAAUUCAGCAAUCAGAUUACCAAUGAGCGCCUCUAUAAAGCAGCUGGAGAAGAUGCGAGACACCAGUACACCACGACCCUGGGGCUUCCGGAGUUUGUCCGUGCGAAAACCAACGCGGCCAAUCUCAGUGACACGAAAUACAAGGAGUCUUGGCGGAAUUUCCGUGCUCAAGGCUACAAGCUGACAACACAGGCGCUCCCCUUCCAGGCGGCUCGGGCCUCUGGAGAAAUCUCCAGCGAUUUUCUCUACAGACAUGACUUUGUGAGGGAGCGGGGACAGCUCAUCGGGGUCCGCAGUGUGAGUGACGACCGCCGGCUCCAGCACUGCCAGCGGAUGGGCCAGCUGCAGAGCGAGAAUCAGUACCGGAGGGAGGCGGCGGGCACCCAAGCCCAGUACCACCUGCCCAUGGACAUGGUGAACCUGGUCCAUGCCAGGAAGGCCCAGGCCCUGGCCAGUGACCAUGACUACAGGACACGGUGCCACGCAUUCACCGCAGUACCCGAGGACCUGAAGCUGGCCUGGGCCAAGAAAGCCCACGCUCUGCAGAGUGAGUGGCGCUACAAAUCAGACCUGAUGGGCAUGAAGGGUGCAGGCUGGCUGGCGCAGAGCUCCCCGCAGAUGGAGAGCGCAAAGAAGGCUGGAGAACUCAUCAGCGAGACCAAAUACCGUAAGAAGCCAGACAGCAUCAAGUUCACCACCGUGGUCGACUCCCCAGACCUGGUGCAUGCCAAGAGCAGCUACAUGCACUGUAACGAGCGUCUGUACAGGUCAGGGGAUGUGGAGUCCCUGCACAGGUACACCCCGAUUCCCGACCACCCCGAUUUCGCCCGAGCCCGCCUCAACGCGCUUCAUCUGAGUGAUAAAGUCUACAGAAACUCUUGGGAGCAGACUCGGGCUGGUGGCUAUGACUUCAGGCUGGAUGCCAUCCCAUUCCAGACAGCCCGUGCAUCCAGAGAGAUCGCCAGCGAUUUCCGGUAUAAGGAGGCCUUCCUUCGGGAGCGGGGCCUACAGAUUGGGUAUUGCAGCGUCAACGAUGACCCAAGGACGAGGCACGUCCUCAGCGUCGGCAAACUCCAGAGUGACAACGAGUACAAGAAGGACUUUGCCAAGACCCGGUCCCAGUUCCACAGCCGUGCAGACCAGCCCGGCCUCCUCCAAGCCAAGCGGAGCCAGCAGCUGGCCAGUGACGUGCACUACAGGCAGCCUCUGCCCCAGCCCACCUGUGACCCGCGGCAGCUGGGCCUGAAGCACGUGCAGAAGGCUCAGCAGCUGCAGAGCGACGUCAAGUACAAAUCGGACUUGAACCUGACCAGAGGUGUCGGCUGGACCCCUCCUGGCUCCUACAAAGUGGAGAUGGCUCGGCGGGCUGCAGAACUGGCCAAUGCCAGGGGCCUCGCUCUCCGGGGCGCUUAUCGGGGGCCAGAGGCUGUGGACGCUGGUGAUCAUCAACGGGAAGACGUGAACCCCGAUGCCACUGAGAUUCUGCAUGUCAAAAAGAGGAAGGCUCUGUACUGAGCUGGCGACACCCACCCAAGAGUCUGAGGAGAGAAGCUGGAGAGGGUGUUUGCCCCCAGAGACGAGCUUUACCUGGCUUCAGUGUUGGCAAGCUGUAAAACGGCACGCGUGACCGUCCCACUCUGCCUCGGUUAAAACAAUGACACUAUGAAAGCAAAUGGAGAAUGUAGUAUAUUUUUGGUCCUUAUCUAGUACCUAGCAGUGGCUGACUGGUUCUGUUGAGUUGCUCGUGUGUCUGGGAUAAAGGAAUAAAGGUGUACAGGCAAUUCCCAUUGGAGCUGGGUGUUCUGUAAUUCCAUGUCCACAAAUGUUCAAGAUGCAGCCAGUUUCUGUGAACACUGAUUUUCUAGAAGAACAAUUGUGGGAAGGGAAUCAAACAUGAUACAUUUCAGGUUGAUUCCGUUAUU